AUGGAUUUCACAAAAGUAAUAUCAUUCUCUUUCUUGAUUCUUUCUCUCAUAAUCCCGACGAAGACCACUGCCACAUGCACUAACGCCGUUUGUCGCCAUGGCGAUCCGAUUAUCCGUUUUCCGUUCCGUUUAAACUCACAUCAAUCCAAAUCUUGCGGUUACAGAGGAUUCGACUUGUCGUGCGAUACUAAGGGUUUUAACCGAACCACCAUAACGCUGCCGUUUUCCGGUAACUUCACCGUCGAACGGAUCAACUACGGAGCUCAAGAGAUUCUGAUCAACGACCCAAACAACUGUCUUCCCAAAAGGAUCUUGGAGCUAAACCUCUCCACGACGCCGUUUAGCGGCGUUUACGCACGUCGGUUCACGUUUUUCAGCUGCCCGACCUCGGAUUAUCUCCGGUUCAGGCCGUUGAAUCCGAUAACGUGUUUGAGCGGUGAAAACAGCACGGUGUUUGCCACUGCGUCGCCUAGGAUGAUGAACUACAUGUCGUCUCAAUCGUGCCGGUUAAUGAAAACCGUCGAGGUUCCGGUUCGUUGGCCGUUUUACGAGCAGACCGUGUCGUAUUCGGAGUUGAGUGGUGACCUCUGGCUCACGUGGAGGGUUCCGAGAUGUAGCCGGUGUGAGAUUAGAGGUGGUAAGUGUGGGAUUAAGAGCAAUUCCUCUACUGAAACCAUUUGCUCCGAUGCUCAUAAACCAGCUAUCCCGAGAAGAGCUCGUUACGCAAUAGCAAUCGGCGCCGGAAUCCCAGGAGCUUUAAUCACAUUUGGUCUUUUCUGUUUUGUUUACAGCAAAAUCAGUUCAUGCAUCAAACGACGUCGUCGUCUUGUUCCAAGCCCAGAUAUCAACAACAACAACGUUCAAGCCCAUUAUUUACAGUCCAGUAUAAUGAUAACGGGUCUUGAUGGGCCGACGAUAGAGUCUUACCCAAAAAUAGUAUUGGGAGAGAGCAAAAGACUUCCCAAAAUAGGUGAUGCCACUUGUUCAAUCUGUUUAUCAGAUUACGAGCCUAAAGAGACGCUCAAGACAAUACCACCAUGUCAGCACUGCUUUCACGCUGACUGCAUCGACGAGUGGCUGAAACUCAACGGCACUUGUCCAGUGUGUCGUAACUCUCCGGAGCCACCUCGGAACCAUAAUUCUUAG